AUGGGUUGCGGUUCAUCUGAUUCUUCUUCUGCAAAUAACCCCAGAAAAGUAGAACGUCAAAAAGAGUUCACUGGAGAAAAGAUUUCAUCGGAGAUCUUUGUUGACUUAAAGGACGGCAACAUCUACGAGGAAUAUGAGGUCAGGUCAACUUUGGGGGAGGGAGCAUUCGGUUGUGUAAAAUUAGUAGUUCAUCGCAAAACUAAAAUGGCAUAUGCUAUGAAACAAAUAAAGAAGAUGGGAUUAAUUAAGGAGGACCAAAAGAUCCUAUUUAGCGAGAUGGACAUUUUGAAGUUAAUUGACCAUCCCAAUAUUGUUAAGUUACACAAACUGUAUUAGGACAAUAUCCACUAUUAUCUGAUCACUGAGUUAUGUUAGGGUGGAGAACUAUUCGAUAGACUUACAUCUGAAAAGAACUUCACUGAGAAAAAGGCAGCUGAAAUUAUGAAAUAAGUAUUAUCUGCCUUGACAUAUUGUCAUGAACGAAAAAUCAUACAUAGAGAUCUCAAGUUGGAGAACAUACUAUUGGAAACCAAAAGUGCGAAUUCGAAUAUUAAAGUAAUUGAUUUUGGCACAUCUCGCAAGGUCUAGGAAGACGAAAAAUUAAAGUUAAAAAUAGGGACUUUAUAUUACAUGGCUCCUGAAGUUUUCCAAGGUCAAUAUGAUUUAAAAGUGGAUGUCUGGAGUCUUGGCGUGAUCUUAUAUAUUCUGCUCUGUGGAUAUCCUCCUUUCAAUGGUGAUGACACAACAAUCAAGAAGAAAAUUUAAAAGGGCACUUUUGAAUUCAACGAAACUGAAUGGAGGUCUAUUUCGAAAGAAGCGAAGGAUUUAAUUUGUAAAAUGCUAUAAUACGAUCCUUUACAAAGAAUCACAGCUCAGUAGGCUUUGUAGGAUCCAUGGAUUCAAUCAAAAGCUCCCAAUACUCCAGUAUAAGCUAAUGCACUCAAUAAUUUAAAAGAUUUUUAUAGCACAUCAAAAUUAAAGAAUGCGAUAUAAUUAUUCAUUGUCACUCAGGUUACAAGUUAUUAGGAAAAGGAAGAGCAAUUAAAAUAAUUUAAAGCGAUGGAUACUGAUGGGAAUGGAACAAUAAGCCCAGAAGAAUUAAAGAAACAUUACUCUAAAAUCUAUGGACAAGAGUCAGCUGAGAAAUUAGUAUAAGACAUAAUGAAAUAAGUGGAUAUAAAUUAAUCAGGAUAGAUAGAUUUUAUUGAAUUCUUAGUUGCUGCUGCAAACAAAGAAAAAUUACUUUCUUAGGAAAAACUGAAAUAAGUAUUUUAGAUGUUUGAUAAAAAUGGGGAUGGUAAAAUUUAAAGAGCUGAACUUUAAUAUAUUAUGUCUGGUAUUCGGAUUGAUGAUACAUAAUGGAAAAACAUUUUAGAGGAAUGUGAUAAGGAUAACGAUGGAGAGAUUUCGUUAGAUGAAUUGAUCAUGCUAAUGCAAAAACUAAAGUGA